AUCACCUCCCUCUCUCUCUCUCUCUCAGGUCCUGCCUCCUUCUCUCUGACAGUGAGCACCAGUAAGGCCAAAAUGGAGGUCCAUGAGAACACAGACGCUGUGCUGUCCUGUCAGUUCAAGACAGAGAAGGAGACUAACCCUCGUAUUGAGUGGAAGAAGAAAGGGAAGGACAUCCACUUAGUUUAUUUCGAUGGAAAAUUCACCGGAUCCUUUGCAGGUCGGGCCAAGAUCGAGGGGGCAACAGUGACGCUGCAUGCCGUUACCCAGAAGGACUCUGGGUUGUACCGCUGUGAGGUCAGCGCACCAGCAGACCACACCAACCUAGGAGAGGUCAACGUCACCCUCAACGUACUGGAUCCGUUGAGCAUGACGACACUGAUAGCCGGAGCUGUAGGCCUCUUCCUGCUCAUCCUCAUGUGCUGCCUGGAUGUGUGUCUCCCAUUGACAGGGCUGCUGCAAAAAGGCCAACAGAGGAGCAGGAAGGAAGCAGUCCACCUCCUCCUCCCACCAGAAAUCCCAAGAACUACAAACACACCCAGUCCUUCAUGAUCUGAGGGUAUAGCACGCACAUACACACACAUUCGGUGGAUGGAUGGAGAGAAUGUGCAACAGAAUACAUAUUUUAGCUAGCCUACACCACCUACAAUAAAGCUCACUGCUGUACCCUUUUCGGUGUGUGUUUUAUUUACAAUUCUGCUGUUUAUGACUGUACUGAGAAGCAAUGAAUUAUAUUAACAUUGUUGUUUUACAGAGAUAUUUGUAUACUUAUAUUUUUUAAGUAUUUGUUUUGGGCUUUUGUGUGAUGAAGGAUGUGUCAUGUUUGAACAGGUGUUUGUAUGCACUGACUAUGCACAUGUGACUAUUAAAUCAUCUGAAUCUGAUUAUCAUGUUUUCAUUAAAUAUAUUGUACCACA